AACCUCUCAGCCUUACCAACCUGAAUCCGCAAGCAAGUCGAAUACCCAGAGCCGAGAUCGUUCGUUCCAGCACCCUCUUUCAACGACAUCGAUACGACAAUACCUAGGGGGGUUAUUGUGAGACCGCAGUUUUUUUUUGGGGGUGUUUUAGUCUUGGGAGAGGCACUCGAUAUCCGGCCAUGGGCAACACCACGAGCGCCGUCCUGGACAACAUCGUCCAGGGCACCAACUUCGACCGAGAUGAGGUUGACCGCUUAAGGAAACGGUUUAUGAAACUUGAUAAGGAUAACUCGGGCACUAUCGAGCGGGAUGAAUUCCUCAGCCUGCCGCAAAUAUCCUCGAAUCCGCUAGCUACAAGGAUGAUCGCUAUCUUCGACGAGGACGGAGGCGGCGACGUGGACUUCCAGGAGUUCGUUUCGGGCCUGUCGGCCUUCUCGAGCAAGGGCAACAAGGAGCAGAAGCUGCGGUUCGCCUUCAAGGUCUACGACAUUGACCGCGACGGCUACAUCAGCAACGGGGAGCUCUUCAUCGUGCUCAAGAUGAUGGUCGGCAACAACCUGAAGGACCAGCAGUUGCAGCAGAUCGUCGACAAGACGAUCAUGGAGGCCGACCUCGAUAAGGACGGCAAGAUCAGCUUCGAGGAGUUCACCAAGAUGGUUGAGAAUACCGACGUGAGCAUGAGCAUGACGCUAGACCAGUUCUGAGCGGGAGUUGCGUUAUCAAUGGAAGAUACCACUGGAAUCAACAAAAGGGUUAUAGGGCAGCUUCAUUUAUUGUUACUAUGAGCGAGU